UGCUCUCCUGUUCCUCCCUCCCUGGUCACUCGAGUGACCUGACCUGCCUGCUUCACCUCAAUCAUCUCCCCAAGCAUCAUUUUCACUCCUAACUACUGAACCUGUUCUAUCGUUGUUUCUGCCAGCAGCUCCUCUUCACAGUGUGCAGUGACCUCCCUUCUACAUUUGACAACUCUGUGAAGGUUCUGCAUGCUACAGACCACACUUGCUGUGAAGAGCGGGUAGAGACUGAGCGGGGAGGAGUAGUAUUUCUGGGAAGGUCCUUCAGCUUGUCUUGCAGCCAUGUCGAUUUCCAACUCCCUCAUCAAGCCAUCCGUCAUCAAUGGGUCCAGCUCUGUUGUCUCACGGGCUGCUGCCUUCGAGGAUUUCCUGCCUAAUGAUUUUAUUCAGAUGUACAUAGGCUCAUCUUCAAGUCAGGUUCCUCGCCGACUUUUGGCCGCUGAUGGCAUUUCAUCCGUCAAUCUUAAGCUGAAGGGUCUUAGCCGUGGCUUUUAUGCCAAGCACCAGCGCAUAGUGACAGGACCUUGUGCGUCGGAAGAGUCUGUGCACGAUGACCUGUCCUCUUCGCAACCCCAGACGAUGCAGUUCGUGCUCGGCAUGUCAGAUCUCCUCUUCGUCUCAGUCGCCACGUUCUCUGGAAAGGAGUACUUAUUUUCAGUGGAGCGAGCCGCAAAUCAUCGGGUUCGGGACAUUAAGAAGCGGAUUUGUGAACGCGAGCUUCCUUCGAGUUCGGAAGACGUGGAGCUUGUUCUUGCCGGAAUCCCUCUGGAGGACCAUUGCCUGAUCAACGACUUGGACAAGCACCGGGAUUUCGGAGCCGUCGGCUCCUGCCAUUUGCAUCUUCUCGUGCGGAAGAAUGCUCGCGUGCACGCGAAGUCCGGUCCGGGCCGGACAAUGGAGCUGUCUGUCAAUGCCACGGAAAUUGCUUCGUUGCCGUCGAUACAGGAAGUCGGCGACGAAGUGUGCCCUGGAACUGUUCCCCUGGCCCUUCCUUGCUCGAGAACCACAUCCAGUGAUCCUAUCGAGCCGACAAUGCUUGGAAAUAGUUCUUCUCUCAAAGGGGAAGGCUUCCAGGCGAUGAUGAGUGAUGUGGGUACGGGACUCCUCGAAGGCCAUGUUCCCCACUUGACCUCUGACGGCUCGGGUGGUACUUACCUCAUGUCGGACGCGUCGGGUGCGUCGACUAUAGCUGUAUUUAAGCCAAUGGACGAGGAGCCUCUCGCUGUAAAUUGUCCCCGCGGGAUGGCUCCGAGUCUUGAUGGGGAAGGGUUGAAACGUGGCACUCGAGUGGGAGAAGGCGCUUUCCGAGAAGUCGCAGCUUACCUUCUGGAUCAUCCAUUGAACGAAGGAGACAGCGAGGGUUUCGCAAGCGUUCCUCCGACCACGCUUGUCGGCUGCCCUGCCAGCUUUUUCCCUCGCUCUGGUUCUCCUAAGAGUCCUUUGGAUGACCUCGAAGGGAGGAAGGUCGGCUCUCUUCAGAAGUUCGUCAAUUCCUUCAGCAACUGCGAGGACAUGGGACCCUCACGCUUCCCUGCGUCGGAGGUUCACAAGAUCGCGGUUCUGGAUAUGAGGCUUGCCAACACGGACCGGAAUGGUGCCAACAUCCUUGUACAGAGGGUCGACGGUCCGAGUGGUGUGAAGCUGAUUCCAAUCGAUCAUGGCUACUGCAUUCCAGAUAAGUUUGAGGAUUGCACGUUUGAGUGGCUGUACUGGCCCCAAUCCAAGGUUCCUUUUGCCGAGGAGACUCUGGAGUACAUAUCUAAGCUUGACGCCAACAAGGACAUUGCAAUUCUCAGGGAGAGUGGUUGGUCACUGAACGCAGCAUGCAUCAAGGUUCUUCAAGCCGCAACCAUGCUUCUGAAGAAGGGUGCAUCAGCAGGCAAGACUGCUUUCGACAUUGGGACCAUAAUGGUUAGAGACGACCCAGAUGUUCCUUCCCUUAUCGAAUCCCUGGUGGAGGAAGCUGAGAUGGAGGCUCAGAGGGUUGGAAACCAGUCCUUUGAGGUUUGCCUCGCUGCAGCAAUAGAUCAGUGCCUGUUUUAGGCAGGCAGCAAGGUGCGAAGCUGUGAAUAUUGAGAUGUGGUUUGCCCUGAUCAUCAGUUCUGGUUUGCCUGGAUUUUUCAUCAGGCUUUCAAUCUGUGGUGUUUGGAGCCUAAGGGUGUGUUAUGCUUCAACUGUGUCAAAAUGAUCCUGCAGAAUUAGUUGUGAUGCAUGUAUCCACUGUGCUCGCCACCAAGGUCGCCAGUUUUCCGGGGGUGGUUUGGGAAAGUGUCGGUGCUUGGGAUGUUUCGGGGUCACCGAAGCUUCUAGAACAGAGUGCUUGCGGAGGCAAGGGACGAAACCAAACCUCCACGGUUAUCCGAAAGCGGCCUAGUGCCCGACAGUUCA